UGUAAAAUGGCCGUCGUAGUGUCAUCCUUUCGUCAGUUCUCGUAAAAAUUUAUCCUUUUUACACCCUGAAAUUUAAUAUUUUGAGUCAAGAUUCACUUGGAAUUUAAGUUUGAGGUAUAGAGAAGCCACAUAGUAAGUGAUUUUCCAUUUGAGUAAGUCUAAGUGGAAAAAUUCGAUUGGAAAGAAGCGAAUGUAGAGAAAGAAAGGCUGGCGAGCCUGUGUUCCAACUUGUUAUCGUUGAAAACAGUUUUAAUCCAUCUGUAAGUAGAAAUCUUGAAAUAUCUGCGUCAGUGUAAGGUGGCAGGGGCCUACGGGCGUCCUGGGUAGUGGCCUAAUACGGGAAUUACUUCACCUAGCGCUCAACUCGCUGGCAUCCUGAAGAAAUGGAGAGUUCAGCAAGGCGGCUGAUGUGUGGAUUUGGCACAAACUUACUUUUUGUGCCCUUGUAGACCUUCGAUGGAGUCUUAAAGUCCGCUUCGAUGCCAAGAUGGACUCCUUCCUGGGCAACACGCGGCCAUUCUUCCAAGGGUUGCCGACUUCCACUCGUGGAUAUGAUGGAUCCACACUGGAGGACCAAACCCAUGCUCCGCCCACACCCACCCCCCCGGCCACGCCCACACUGCCACCUGCCCACGUCUACCAUCCCUACCAGCACCCAUCAAGUGUCCCAGGUGCUGCGACGGCCACUAGUCUACCUGGUCUGCUGCCUCCUAGCCGACCCAUUACACCUGCUACUCCCUCACACAAGCUUCCAGACCAUACACAAGCUGCCUCGCCGUACAGUGUAGUGUCUUUCUUACAACCACAUACCACCAAAGCUUCCACUAAUGAGGCACGCUAUCUGGCUCACCUUGAGCAAUUACGCCAGGCAGCUGCAGCGGCAACGGCCGCAACUCCAUCAAGAUCUUCUAAUACCUUACAUGAUUCGCGGAUGCCAGUGCGUCCAUAUAACAACCAACCAUCUCUUGUAACAGAUCCUCGCAUGCCAACUCGACCAUAUAUUGCCCAGUCGACUCUGUCCCCAGAAAGCCGCACACUUCCUCGUCUAUACACCACACAAGCUCCCAGUGCAGCAGAAUUACGGCCAACUCGACCAUACAGCACACAUUCUGGCGUAAAGGGAGACUCUAAAAUUCCUGCACGGCCGUAUAGCACUCAGUCUGCUCCUUCCAGUGACAUGAGGACGUAUUCUCAUCCGUUUAUCCCUCAGUCCCUUGCUACAGAUUGCCGAAGUCAUUUGGAAAGUAAAUAUCCCCCUAAAAGCGAGUCUAGGUCAGACCUUCGGGCACUUGAGACUCGCUCUGAUCCAAGAGCAGACUUCAGGCAUGAACAGUGGGGUCAGCUGUAUAGGGCUCCUGAAGCCAAGCCCUUGGAGAAAUUGGCGCCUUCCGUCCACAUCUCUGUAACCCCUAUCAGUGUGAACGGCUCCAAUGAUGCUCUUUAUUUAGGAAAGAAACCUGAUGAUAUAAGUUUAAGACGAUCAGAAGAUCAAUAUAUUAGAAAUGUAGAAACCUUGCAAGUCAAUGGGUCACGGGAUUCAUUGUAUCCAAAUGGUUCUCAUAGCUCCUAUUCCUCCGACAAACAGAGAGAAUCUUCAAGAGAAAAACAAGCAGAUUCACGACUAAAGGAAGAUUCUGCCCUAGAUCUGUCUGUAAAAACUGUAAGGCAAAUUCCUGACUCAACUGCUCCAGAUCCUGAAAAAAGUUUUAAUGCUUCUCUUAUGGGUGAAGUGACUAUUCAGAAAAUAUCCCAAAGUGAUCUUCUCGCGUGCACGUCGGGCUCUCUCUCUGUCACUUCGCCAGAUAAGGCUAAUAGUAAUUCAAUAUCAUGUCCUAGAGAUCUUUCCAGGGUUACUGCUCCAAGCAUUUCAGGGACUCCGAGGGCAACACCUCCAAGUCAAAUAGCCUUACAGUAUGGGAUAAAUGGUUCCCCUAGUCCUCUGUCAUCAUCCAGCUCACUGGUGCGGGCGUCCCACGUGGUGCCCUCCGCCAAGCGGGCGGGCGACCCGGCCUAUUUUGAAAACUACGCCAAACUUCCUCGAAGAAGUCAUACACCGCCUAUGAAGUCGGCCAUCCCAUCCCGGCAGAUGGCUGAUGUUAGUUUACCCAUUCAUCAACAUAAUAAAUCUUUAUACAGUGGGCACAAAGACUCCUUAUCAGAUCAGAAUCGUGGCCUCCAUCUCCUGGCAGCUGCAACGCUGAAAACUGAACAUGAUAUCCGGUUUGGCAGAGAACCUGUCACUGGUAGAAGACAACCCAACAUCAAUAGCAGAGAUGUAAAUCAAUGGAGAGAUAUUAGUUUAGAAAGAAUGAAUAGAAAUUCCAGUUUAGAGAGGAGAGACUUUAGCAUCGAAAGAAGAGAUCCAAGUUUAGAAAGAAGAGAUCCAUGUUUAGAGAGAAGAGAUCCAGGUUUAGAGAGAAGAGAUCCAGGUUUAGAAAGAAGAGAUCCAAGCCUAGAAAGAAGGGAUCCAAGCUUAAAAAGAAGGGAUCCGAGCCUAGAAAGAAGAGAUCCCGGCCUAGAAAGAAGAGAUCCGAGCCUUGAAAGAAGAGAUCCCGGCCUAGAAAGAAGAGAUCCGAGCCUUGAAAGAAGAGAUCCCGGCCUAGAAAGAAGAGAUCCGAGCUUUGAAAGAAGAGAUCCCGGCCUAGAAAGAAGAGAUCCGAGCCUUGAAAGAAGAGAUCCGGGCCUAGAAAGAAGAGAUACAAGCCUAGAAAGAAGAGAUACAAGCCUUGAAAGAAGAGAUACAAGCCUUGAAAGAAGAGAUACAAGCCUUGAAAGAAGUCUUGAACUGAAAGAAUUAAGCUUAGAAAAAUGGAAUCUUAACUCUGUUAUGGAUCAAAAGUAUAUGCAUAACAAGCAUUCAGACGCUUUUGAUCCUUAUAGAGUCUGGGUAAAUACUUCUGAGCAGUCCAACCCUAACAGUGAUAACGGCAAGUAUUUACCAGGACAGUACCCUAUACCAGCUUCCGUCCCCUCCACUUUACCUCAUCAAGGUUCAAGGGUUUCUUCUGCUCAACCUUCCCAUCCUUACUCAACUUAUGGACGUCCUCCAGACACAAGGCUACCUCAGACACCCUAUUCCCAGUCGACACAUACUGCUGCUCCCGUGCAGCACUCGCAAGUGAGCGUGGAACAGUCACCACAUGGCAAAAUGCAUCAGACAUAUACCCAGAGCAGAAUGCUACAGGCUUCAUCAGCACACAGUAGUGGGCACUGUUCUCAGUCCCCCGUUACUACAUGUGUCACACAGUCUUAUCAGCAUCCAUAUACAGCAAGCCAGCAACAGAGGCAUCAGCAACAACGGUCAGGCCACACACAGCAUUCAUCAUUUACUAUUCCUCACUCCACAAAAUCAGCAGCUUCUCUACCACCGCCACAUUUCAUGCCCCAGCAGUCAGCCCAUCAAGCAUAUUUAUAUGCCCAACAGCGUAAUGAAUCAUCUCAUGCCUUGUACGCAGCCAAGCGAUCAAAUCAAACAUCUCCUCAUCCGUCUGGUUCGCCACAGUCUUCAGUAUCUCCACAUCCUUCCAUGUCACCACAUUUAGCAGCAUCACCUCAUUCGUCCGCUUCUCCACAUCCAGUAGCAGCAUCACCACGCUCUGGUGUCUCUCCUCAUCCAUCCCAACAGGGUAGAACUCCUCAGUCUUCACCACAUCCUGCUCAGAAACUUCCGGCAAGCUCUCCAGCCCAACAUUCAAGCCAUGCCUAUCCAGGAAGUCUCCCUCCUAGUCCAUAUUCAGGUCACCAGACCUACCCACCGCACUCCACUCCACCCUCUAGACCACCAUCAGCAGCAGCCCAGUCUGUUCAUUCGAACCAUCCAUCUAAAAUGCCAGCUUCACAAGCCUCUCAACCCCUAGCUUCUCACCUAUCACAGUCUAAUGUUAAUCGAUCUACUGAGCCUCACACAGUUCAGUACACAGAGGAUCAUGCGCCUCAGGGUUACCCAUCGCAAGCACAUACACAACUACAGUCGCAUCUUUUGCAUGGUGUUCCUCCGCAGUCUCAUCCCUCUCAGGUGUGUCCCCCACACACUCACAGCUCUCACUCUCAUCACCUUCAGACCCAGCCUCACACUUCUCAAGCUUAUCAUUAUCCACUGCAGGGUCAUCCCUAUACUUCUCAAGUUCCUCAUCAUUCCCAGCUCUCCCCUCAUCCCUCACAAGCUCCUCAGCAUCCCUCACAAGCUGCUCUUCAGUCUCCCCAAGGUACUCCCAAUUAUUCCCAAGCACUUGCCCAUCCUUCACACGGUCACUCGAAUUCUUCACAAGCCAUAUCUCCGUCUCAUUCUUAUUUGCCUCAGGCACCUCAUGCUGCUCAUUCUUCACAAGCUCCUCUACAUACAUCUCUUUACUCUACCAGAGCUUCUCCACACUCCUCUCAAGCUUCCGCUCAUAUUUCCCAAGCUUCCGCUCAUAUUUCCCAAGCUUCUCCAUAUACUUCACAAGCUUCCUUACACACUUCUCAAGCUCCCACACAAUCUUCUCAGACUUCCACAUACUCUCCCCAAUAUUCUCAGUCUCCUUCCCAAUAUUCUCAAGCUCCUUCCCAUUAUUCUCAAGCUUCUUCCCAUUAUUCUCAAGCUUCUUCCCAAUAUUCUCAAGCUUCUUCCCAAUAUUCUCAGGCUCCUUCCCAAUAUUCUCAGGCUCCUUCCCAAUAUUCUCAGGCUCCUUCCCAAUAUUCUCAAGCUUCUUCUCAAUAUUCCCAAGUUUCUCAGCAUUCUCAAGCUUCUUCCCAAUAUUCUCAAGCUCCACCUCACUCAUCUCACGCCCCACUCCACUCCUCACAAGCCCCUCCUCACUUCUCACAAGCCUCGCCUCACUCUUUACAAGUACCACCCCUCUCCUUGCAAGCUCCCACCUAUCCCUCCCAAGCCCCGCCUCACUCCUCACAAGCCCCGCCUCACUCCUCACAAGCCCCGCCUCACUCCUCACAAGCCCCGCCUCACUCCUCACAAGCCCCGCCUCACUCCUCACAACAACCCCGCCUCACUCCUCACAAGCCCCGCCUCACUCCUCACAAGCCCCGCCUCACUCCUCACAAGCCCCAUCCCAAGCCCCUCCCCACUCCUCGCAGGCCCUUCCCCACUCCUCCCAGGCCCCACCUCACUCCCAGGCCCCGCCUCACUCCUCCCAGGCCCCGCCUCACUCCUCCCAGGCCCCGCCUCACUCCUCCCAGGCCCCGCCUCACUCCUCCCAGGCCCCGCCUCACUCCUCACAGGCCCCGCCUCACUCUUCCCAGGCCCCGCCUCACUCCUCCCAGGCCCCGCCUCACUCCUCCUCAGGCCCCGCCUCACUCUUCCCAGGCCCCGCCUCACUCCUCACAGGCCCCGCCUCACUCCUCCCAGGCCCCGCCUCACUCUUCCCAGGCCCCGCCUCACUCUUCCCAGGCCCCGCCUCACUCUUCCCAGGCCCCGCCUCACUCCUCCCAGGCCAAGCCCCAGCCCUCCCAGGCCAAACCCCAGCCCUCGGAAGUCCCUCCCCAGCCCUCAGAAGUCCCUCCCCAGUCCACAGAGGUUCUGCCCCAGUCCUCAGAUAACCCACCCCAGUCCUCGGAUGCCCCACCCAAGUCCACGAAAGUCCCACCCCAGUCCUCGGAAGUCCCACCCCAGUCCUCGGAAGUCCCACCCCAGUCCUCAGAAACCCCACCCCAGUCUUCGCAAGCCCCAACCCAGUCCUCGGGAGCCCCACCCGAGUCCUCGGAAGCCCUACCCGAGUCCUCGGAAGCCCUACCCCAGUCCUCGGAAGCCCUACCCCAGUCCUCGGAAACCCCAGCCAAGUCCUCGGAAGCCCCACUCCAAUCCCCGAAAGCCCCGACCCAGUCCCCGCAAGCCCCGCCCAAGUCCCCGCAAGCCCCGCCCAAGUCCCCGCAAGCCCCGACCCAGUCCCCGCAAGCCCCGACCCAGUCCCCGCAAGCCCCGACCCAGUCCCCGCAAGCCCCGACCCAGUCCCCGCAAGCCCCGACCCAGUCCCCGCAAGCCCCAACCCAGUCCCCGCAAGCCCCGACCCAGUCCCCGCAAGCCCCGACCCAGUCCCUGCAAGUCCCAAUCCAGUCCCCGCAAGCCCCAACCCAGUCCUCGCAAGCCCCGCCCCAGUCCUCGCAAGCCCCGCCCCAGUCCUCGCAAGCCCCGCCCCAGUCCUCUGAAACCCCUCCUCAUAUUUCCCAAGCUCCUCAUCCUGCCCAAGCUCCUCAUCCUUCCCAAGCUCCUCAUCCUGCCCAAGCUCCUCAUCCUUCCCAAGCUCCUCAUCCUGCCCAACCUCCUCAUCCUUCCCAACCUCCUCAUCCUUCCCAACCUCCUCAUCCUUCCCAACAUCCUCAUCCUUCCCAACAUCCUCAUCCUUCCCAACAUCCUCAUCCAUCCCAAUCCUUCCCAAGCUCCUCAUCCUUCCCAAGCUCCUCAUCCUUCCCAACAUCCUCAUCCUUCCCAAGCUCCUCAUCCUUCCCAACAUCCUCAUCCUUCCCAACAUCCUCAUCCUUCCCAACAUCCUCAUCCUUCCCAACAUCCUCAUCCUUCCCAAGCUCCUCAUCCUUCCCAACAUCCUCAUCCUUCCCAAGCUCCUCAUCCUUCCCAAGCUCCUCAUCCUUCCCAAGCUCCUCAUCCUGCCCAAGCUCCUCAUCCUUCCCAACAUCCUAAUCCUUCCCAAGCUCCUCAUCCUUCCCAGCAUCCUCAUCCUGCCCAAGCUCCUCAUCCUUCCCAAGCUCCUCAUCCUUCCCAAGCUCCUCAUCCUUCCCAAGCUCCUCAUCCUGCCCAAGCUCCUCAUCCUUCACAAAAUUCUCAUCCUACCCAAGCUCCUCAUCCUUCGCAAGCUCCUCAUCCUUCCCAAGCUCCUCAUCCUGCCCAAGCUCCUCAUCCUUCACAAAAUUCUCAUCCUGCCCAAGCUCCUCAUCCUUCGCAAGCUCCUCAUCCUGCCCAAGCUCCUCAUCCUGCCCAAGCUCCUCAUCCUGCCCAAGCUUCUCAUCCUUCCCAAGCUUCUCAUCCUGCCCAAGCUUCUCAUCCUGCCCGAGCUCCUCAUCCUACCCGAGCUCCUCAUCCAUAUCAAGCGCCACAUCCUUACCAAGCUCCUCUCUAUUCUUCCCAUCAUUCCCAUCCUUCACAGGCUUUUUCCUAUCCUCCCCAUCCUUCCCAGAUCCCUCCCCAGUCUCCACAAGCCCAUCCUCAUCCUUCCCAAGCCCCUCCCCAUCCUUCCCAAGCUCCUCCCCAUCCUUCCCAAGCCCCUCCCCAUCCUUC